UUUUUUUCUGUCAAUAUAUUUACAUGUUCAAACACAUUUAGUAAUUAAUCAAGAAAUUAUUAUUAAUUAAAAAUUUAGAGCUUUGUGAAACACAAUGGAUUUUAUCGAAUUAAAAGAUCAGCAACGUUAUGGACGCGGAUAUUUUGAUAAAUAUAAUAAUGAAGAGGAUCGCAAAAGUGAAGAAAGUCAGAAGAAUGCAGAUGUACUACGAGAUAUGGAGUUGCAAAAACGACAUGAAAUACGCAUUCCUGAAAACUUACAGGGUCUCUUUACUGCACGAUUUUCUAAAACUGGUAAAUUUAUAGCUACAGGCUUUGGGAAUGGUGCUAUCCAGAUCAGGAAUGGUAAAACUGGUGAAUUAACAGCAUCACUUAAAUCUGGUCUGGAAAUUUCAAUGCCAAUCAUGUGCUGUAGAUUUAACCCAGUGCAUAAAGACAUCUUUUAUGCUUCCAGUGCCUGUGGAAAUAUUUUUAUGUGCAAUACACAUACUAAAGAAUUUUCUAGAUUUAUCUUUGAGCUUAAAAAUGAGGUAAAUACGAUAGAUGUUAGUAUCACAGGAGAUUACUUAGUCUCUGGUGGUAAAGAUGCAACUGUUCGUCUUUAUGAUACACGGAACACUAAAUUGAUAUUAGAGUAUAAAAAGAAUGAAGAAGAUUUGAUAGAAAGUAAAGCUACAAAUUUUCAUCGAAUGAGGAUAUUUGCUUCAAGAUUUCACAAUGAAUAUUCUGAUUUAAUUAUUACUGGUGGAUGGGAUGAUACUGUUAGAAUUUGGGAUAUCAGAGUUUCGACUGGUUCAAUAAGGGUCAUCAAGGGUCCUCAUAUAUGUGGUGAUGCCAUUGAUAUAUGUGAAACGCGCAUCCUUACAGGCUCUUGGAUAGUGCGUGAUAGUCUACAAAUAUGGGAUCUGAUGAGCGCGAAACUCAUCGAAACGAUAAAUCCACAAAACAGAUUGUCGACUUUAAACGGUGAAUUUCUUUAUGCUGUGCAAUAUUUGGAUGGGGAUCCUUAUGGUGAUCUUAUCCUGACUGGAGGUUCUGGUAUUAGCGCUCUUGAAGUGAUUAGUUUAAGAGAAAAGAAGGUAAUGGAAAGUAUCAGUGUAAACAAACCGAUUUUCACUAUAGACAGUCAUCAGAAUAUAAUAAUAUUUGGUGGUAUAGAAUCUGUAUUAAGACUCGGAGAUUAUUACUAA